UUUUGGGGUUGGCGCGGCGGGCGGAGGCGGCGGAGCGGCUGCGGACGCUGCGGCGGCGGAUCCACGAGCGCCCCGAGCUUGCCUACGAGGAGGUGGAGACGAGCCGGUUGAUCCGGGAGGAGCUCGACGCCAUGGGGGUGGCCUACCGCUACCCGCUCGCGCGCACCGGGCUCGUCGCCACCAUCGGCAACGGCCGCCGCCCCGUCGUCGCCCUCCGCGCCGACAUGGACGCGCUCCCGAUUCAGGAAGCUGUUGAGUGGAAGCACAAAAGCAAGGUCCCUGGUAAAAUGCAUGCUUGCGGACAUGAUGCUCAUGUAGCAAUGCUUCUUGGUGCAGCCAAGAUACUGAAAGCCCGUGAACACCUUCUUAAGGGUACUGUUAAACUUCUGUUCCAGCCCGCAGAAGAAACUGGGAUAGGUGCUAAGCGGAUGAUUGAGGAUGGUGCUUUGGAGGAUGUGGAGGCCAUUUUUGCUGUUCACGUAUGGCAUCAGUUUCCCACUUCUGUAAUUGGUUCCGGGCCUGGUCCCUUGCUUGCUGGAUGUGGAUUUUUUAAAGCAGUAAUACAGGGCCAAGAGGAAGGGCAUUCUGCAAAUGAACACCACUCAAUUAAUCCUGUUUUGGCUGCCUCUGCUGUUGUCAUCAGUUUACAGAACCUUGUGUCUCGUGAAGCAGAUCCUUUGGACUCGCAGGUUGUCUCGGUCACAUCAGUUAAUGGAGCUGAUCAUCUCGAUAAGACCCCUCAAUCGGUCAUCCUUGGUGGAACUUUCCGGGCUUUCUCCAACACAAGCUUUUACCAGCUUCGGCAGAGAAUAGAAGAGAUAAUAGUUAUGCAGUCUAGCGUCUAUAGAAGCAAAGCUUCAGUAGAUUUCUUUGAGAAUGAAAGCUUUUACCCACCAAUGGUGAACGAUGAGCAUAUGUACGAGCACGUAAAGAAGGUGGCUGUCGACCUUUUUGGGCCCAAAAAUUACAAAGUUGUCUCUCGAUCAAUGGGGGCAGAAGACUUCUCAUUCUAUUCUGAAGUUAUCCCCGCCGCCUUCUUCUACAUCGGUGUGCGGAACGAGACGCUGGGGUCGGUUCAUGUAGGCCAUUCUCCUUAUUUCAUGAUCGAUGAAGAUGUUCUUCCCAAUGGCGCUGCUAUGCACGCUGCAAUAGCUGAGAGAUAUCUCAUCGAGCAUGGCUAGAAUUUAUAUCGCCUGUGGCUGAAAAUAGAAUUGCUUGAUUAGAAAUUCUUUUGCGGAAAUUCUGUAUUGAGAUAGCGAGAGAGAGAGAGAGAGAGAGAGAGAGAGAGAGAGAGAGAGAGCCAAAUGUGUCUCCUCUCCUUUCCGCAAAGUGAUUCAUAGCUUUAUAAGAAUGCAACAGUAGUGAAAGGCGAUUCAUUUUCGCCUUAAAUUACAUUACCUCUGCAGUCACCUUGUAUAAGAGGAACCGAGUGACAUGCCCAUACAAAAGCGACACAAGGCAUCAUGUAUUUUUCUGUUCCCUAUCAUCUGUAUCAUUCGUUUCCGCUGUAAUUUUCUCUGCUUUGAGGGAAGAGCUUCAUGGCAAGAAUAGUGUAAACCAUUGAUUCUGUAUAUCUUUAUAUAUUCAGAUGAUUUGUGCAUUCGUGUUCCUUCGUGUGCGUGUUGACGCACGCUGUAAACAGUGAUAUGCUCUAAUUGGAUCGUAAUGAGUUUUCCA